ACCUUUUCUAAUAAAUCAUAAGCUGUUUUUCUCCAACUCAAAUCAUCCCCUGGAAUAAUUGGAUCAUCUCUGCCCGCCACCAGACCUUUUGUCUUGUGUGAAUCAACAUGGAAAGGAAUCUUAAGAAUGUUUUGGUAAUUUCUUUCGGAUUUCUACUUCUCUUCACUGCUUAUGGAGGACUCCAGAAUCUACAGAGCAGUCUCCACUCAGAAGAAGGCCUGGGUGUUGCAUCCUUAAGUGUUCUCUAUGCUGCGCUCAUCUUAUCAUCCAUGUUCCUCCCUCCAAUACUCAUCAAGAAGGUCGGCUGCAAGUGGACCAUUGCAGGCUCUAUGUGCUGCUACAUCGCAUUCUUCUUAGGGAACUUCCAUGCUAGCUGGUACACACUAAUCCCUACCUCUGUGAUCCUGGGCGUAGGAGGAGCACCACUCUGGUCUGCCAAAUGCACUUACCUCACCAUUGCUGGCAAUUCACAUGCUAAGAAAGCAGGAAAAAAUGGGAAAGACAUUAUCAACCAAUACUUUGGGAUCUUCUUUCUGAUAUUUCAGUCCUCCGGCAUCUGGGGAAAUCUUAUCUCAUCCUUGAUAUUUAGCCAAGCUUCCACCAAAGUGUUUCUUCUGGUUCCUACUGAAUUAGUGGAAAUCUCAGAAGUGGCGUGCUGUGGAGCAUACGACUGCAUGACUAAUACCACUAACACCACUGGGUCAGCAGAACCCUCCAACUCCUUAAUCUACAUUCUGCUAGGGAUCUACACUGCUAGUGGUGUGCUAGCUGUGUUGCUGAUUGUUACAUUUCUGGACCAGAUCAAAUCUGACCAAGCAGAGGCUGAGAAAGAAAUACUAGAGACACCAUCCUUUUGGUCUACGUUCCUAGCAACUUUCCAACAUCUUAAAGAUAAAAGACAGUGUCUUCUAAUCCCUCUGACAAUUUACAGUGGGCUGGAACAGGGAUUUCUUUCUGGUGACUACACAAAGGCAUAUGUGACCUGUGCCCUCGGGAUACAUUAUGUUGGUUAUGUGAUGAUCUGCUUUUCAGCUGUAAAUUCCCUCUGCUCUCUGCUCUUCGGAAAGAUCUCUCAGUUCACGGGUAGAAAACUUCUAUUUGCAUCAGCUGCGGUUACAAACACUGCCUGUAUAAUAGCACUACUGCUGUGGAAACCCCAUCCUAAGCAGCUUGCUGUGUUUUUCAUAUUCCCUGCUCUUUGGGGCCUAUCUGAUGCCAUUUGGCAGACACAAACUAAUGGACUCUAUGGCAUUUUAUUUGAGAAACACAAGGAGGCUGCCUUCGCAAAUUACCGUCUCUGGGAAUCGUUAGGAUUUGUCAUCGCCUUUGCUUAUAGCACCAAAUUGCAAGUCUACAUCAAACUGUACAUUUUAUUGUCUGUGCUUGUGUUGUCUAUGGUGACUUAUGGAGCAGUUGAAUACCUCAAAGCUAAGAGCUCUCCUGGGACACCUACUGCUACAAAGAAGGAAGAUGUAGGACCCCUCACCCAGGAUACACAUGUGUAAUCCAACAGGGUCAGAGCGAUGCAGGCAAAGCAAACUGGUUAGCUCCUAUAGGCAUGUCUCCAAAGGUAUUCCAGCUUGUACUAUCUCCAGAAAGAUGGUAAAGGGACAGCUUUCAAGGCCAGUAUAAUACAAAUGUCUUAGGAGUAAAAACCUCUUUUGAAAUCUCAGCUUUAUAAGGGAAGAUUGUCUGACUUCACCCUUUCAUACGUAUGACCAACUAAAUGUUUUGUUGUUUUGGGUUUUGUUUUUUUUUUAACUAAUAAAGUCUUAAUAAAUGUAAACAAGA